AGUGUACACAUUUUCAUGCUGGUUCUUCAUUGCGUUACUGCGGAGGUGCCAGAAAGUGAACCUGGCCUAAGUGCAGCAGUUGUUGUUGUUAAGAUGUCGACGAGGGGCAGCACACUAACCUACAAAGUCUGUCUAGUUGGUUUGCCAGGCGUUGGAAAAACAUCAUUGUUCAAUUCAAUUCGAGGUAAAGAUUUCAGUGAAAACCCUCGAGCUGAAAUCGACAAUUAUAUACACAGAACAACAGUGGACUUUUCGGGUAGAAAAUACGAAGUAAAUUUACAGAUAUGGGAUACUGCUGGCAUGGACCGUUAUCAAUCAUUGACUACAAGCUACUAUAGAAAAUCUCAUGCUGUUCUUCUUGUUUUUUCAUUUGGUUGCACAGAAAGCUUUGGUGCGAUAAAUGACAUAAUGGAGGAUAUAAAAAGACAUGACUAUGCUCCAGAUUCAAUAUUCUUUCUUGUAGGAAACAAAUGUGACUUAGCGAGAAAUGCACAAGAAGUUCAAGAGGAAAGAGUCUCUGAUUUUCUGUCAAGUAAUGUAUCUUUUUUCACCAGGUAUAAUAUAACUUCAGCAAAAACAGGUGAUGGACUUAAGGAACUUUUUUCUAACAUUGCACAUAAGUUGGUCAGGAAAAGAGUUCGGCCUAUUAAGAAGAAACAAGAAAUUGAUGUUAUUAUUCAAAAGUCAGAAAGCAGGACAUGUUUUUGUUUAUAGGUAUUUUAUGUUGUUGAUUAUCAUUGAAAUAUAUUUUUAUGUGGGUUUAGAGCACUCUUCAAUUACAUCUGGCAGUAAUAAUUUUUGUAAUAGUCAACUAUUGACUUUAAAUGGAAUAUGCUGUUUAUUAAUUGAUUAGUUGUUGCAUUCAUAUCGCACAAGACCCUUUGCAGUUGACUACAAUGAUGUUGUAGGUAUUGCAAGAUUAUCACUUGCAAACCAUUGGGGGGGGGGGUUAUGGACAAGCAGUUGUUUAAAUGACAGCUAUAGAGUUGUCAAGUGAUGACGUCAUAAAAAUACCUUUUUAGAAUUUCUGAAAUUUGUUCCCAUAAUCUGAAAGAGCAAGCAAUACCAGUUUAAUUGUGAGCUCUCAAAAAGGUUGUUGUCUUAUAUGGCUGUGUCGGCUUUCACAAUGGAUAGCACAUAAUGGUUUUACAAUUUUGUGUGAUUUUUGCAUGAUAAAUCGUUUAGAAAGAUAUCUAGAGCAGAAUAAAUGCAAAAUUAUGUUUUUUCCGGUCUAAUAAACUUUUUAGUAAGAAAAAAGCAGAUUUAAGAAUUGCUAUUCGAAAUUUUCGUUAUUUAAUGUAUUGAGGGUGCAUGUAACAGAGCAUUACAUGCCUUCGACAAUGGGAGGAGGCCAGGGUCCAUGUCCCCUACUUCCCUGCCUAAAUAGUAGAGCUUUUUUGCAACUUUUUGUUAUGGGUCUCCAAUUUGCCCUUGGCCCCUUCACUUUCCAACUUUCUUUGGAGCCCCUUUAUAAAUAAUCAUUUUGAAGUUAGUGCGACAUUGUUAUCUUAUGCUGCAAGAAGCGAAGAAAUAGUUAAAAUUCUUUGUCUUGUUUUUAUAUGUGGCCUUCUCAGUGAUGUGCCUAGACAAUUUUGUUUGGGGGGAGGGGGGCAUUCAGAAAAAAAGUGACCAACUUUACUUUUUUGACCGAUUGUUUCUCCAUAGAAAAUUCAUUAACAAUGAAAUGGAUGAUCAUAUAAAUACACACUUAAUGAUAACAAGUAAGAGCAAAUGAUGACAUGAAAGUAUAAGGAAAUUAAGUUUGCGGAAACUAAUAUUCCUGGAGUUCGCGUUUUUGGGUGAAUCCCUGAGCAUCUUUUUGCGAAAAGCCAAUGAUUAGGAAAACUGGAAAAAUGAGCUGCAGCUUCUUUUGGGCUGCUCAUAAAAUGUCCUCUAAUCUAUAAAAUUUUAUAAGAAUUGAAGGGCAAAUAUGGCUGGAAGGCCGCCGAGAGGUUUCAGAGGCUCUGGGGUCAGGGCAAAAUGGAAAGACGAUGUCCCUGCGAGCGGAGCGAGGAAAAAAUUUUUGCGACCACACCCUUCAGAUUAGCUUAAAAUGCAUCUCAGAAAAAUUCUUGCAGUUAUUUCUUGCAGUCAUUUCUUAUAGUCGUUAGCUUGCUCCUUAUAGCAAGUUAUUUGCAAUAAACCCCUUUUUUGUACGAACCAGUGAAUUCGAGUUCAGGUUGACUGUUUUUUCAAAAAUAUGAGGGUGGAUUGUUCUUAAUUUGUUCUUAAAUUGAUAGGGUGUAAGCAGUGCGAUUGCUAGCGUUUUCGCUCAAGGGAGGUGUUCAGGCCUUAUGUGCCAACAAAGUGAGUGAGACAGCCAUCAUUUGCCCACAGGUUUGGAUAUUCACCAAAGAAGAACCCACAUAUGGAUAAAAGUUCUCGUUUUUUAGAUAAAACGUUGUUCAAAAUUGCAUUUUAUAGUAGCUCAGCCUCAGCUUGUUCUUAAUUUGCUUUUAGCUUUAACCAAUUUGAGGCUCGUGUUCUUAUAAAAUUGUUCUUAUAAAAAAAGAGUGUAUUUCAAAAAAAAAUUGACUAUGACCAAUCAUGACCAAUAAAUUGAAUGAAUUAUAGGUUGAAAUUUGGUCAAAUAUCCUAUUUAAUGCUAAGGUUCCCACUGCAUGACCAACUUUCUAGAAGUGCGACGUGACGCCCGCCCCCCUCCACGCCCCCAAUCGGCACAUCCCUGGGCCUUCUGAUAAUUUUGUCUGAUUUGUUCACUACAGGAAAUCUUGAACAGACUUGUCAAUAAAAAGACAGUUUCUAACAUCCCCCAUCUGAUUAAAAAUGGCUUAUUCAUUGCCAAUGUAGAAGCAAAAGCAAAUAUUAUCAAUGAGUUCUUUUUUGCUCAAUGCAGGGAGAUAGAAACUAAGUACUUUUUCAUCAUUCGCUCUCUAGAUACUACAAAGGCACAUGGAUGUGAUCAGUGGCGUACCCAGGGCUGCAGUAGUGGAGGGGGUCUGGGGGGGGAGCCCCCAGACAUUUUUUACCACACCCUUCAGAAGCUCACAAAUGCGGGAAAACGCCCUUUUUGCAAAAUUUCCCCGCGUUGUUUGAUCAGUGUUAGCUACGGUAAAUAGCGAAGUAUAUUACAAUUGUUAUUUAUACAAGCAUACAGUAUACUGCACCCCCCAAUGAGUUUUACAUGAUUUUUGGACAAAUCUCGAGGAUCGUAUUUUAUAAAAGUAGGGGGGUCCGGACCCCCCUAUUCCCCCCCUUGGGUACGCCACUGGAUGUGAUGGAAUUUCUGCUGCAAUGAUCAAAAUAUGGGAGGACCCCCCCCCCCAGUUUAUUUUUGCUGCGCCGUCUCUGUUAACACAAAUGAUAG